GAAAAGAUGCGCCUAUCAUGGCGGCCAGCUUUGCUCCAUGUCAACGCGACAGAGGGGACAGGACAGCAGGACAACGACCGACAUUAUGUCGAAAAAAUCACUUUUAAUAUCUUUGUUUACGACUUCAUAAUGGACGUACGAUAGCCAGAUACUUUUAGGGGGUCUUUUCAAGUUUAACGGUAUAAGUUAGCGGACUUGGUGUCUCGCGGAGGGAGGGGAGGAAGGAAGUUUGUGUCACGCAGCGGGAAGAAGAAAGAAGUCAUGGAGGGACACCGAUACAUCCCAGAUGACCGCGGCGGUUCGGCCAUGGAGAAAAACCCAGCCGACCUAACGGUGAUGGACGUGUACGACAUAGCCGCGGCGGUGGGCCACGAGUUCGAGCGGAUCAUCGACCAAUACGGCUGCGAGGCCCUGUCCCGGCUGAUGCCCAAAGUGGUGAGAGUACUGGAGAUCCUGGAGGUGAUGGUGAGCCGCCACAACAUCGGCGGCCCUGAAGCCGACGAGCUGCGCCUAGAGCUGGACAAACUUAAGCUGGAGAGGAACGAGAGGCUGGAGAAGGAGAAAAAGCACAGGAAGGAGCUGGAGCUGGUGGAGGACGUGUGGCGAGGAGAGGCACAGGAUCUUCUCUGUCAAAUCGCUCAGCUGCAGGAGGAGAACAAGAGUCUUCUGGACAACGUGCCCACGCGAGACCCUGGGAGCGAGGACGACCUUCAGAGGAACGAUGGAGGCAUGAGCGAUCGUGAGCGUCAAGUGAUGAAGAAGCUAAAAGAGGUGGUGGACAAGCAGCGGGACGAGAUCCGGGCUAAAGACCGCGAGCUCACGCUCAGGAGCGAAGACAUCGAAGCGCUCCAGCAGCAGCAGUCCCGUCUCAUGAAGAUAAACCACGACCUGCGCCACAAGAUCUCGGUGGUGGAGGCUCAGGGCAAAGCGCUGAUUGAGCAAAAGGUGGAGCUGGAGGCCGGCGCGCAGACCCGCGGCCAAGAAGUGGGAGCCCUGCGGCAAGAAGUAACGCGCCUGCGGGAGCGGCUAAAGGGCCACGCCCAGGAAGCCUCGCCUCAGCCCCCCUCGCCGGCAGAGCGUGAAGUGAAAACUGUGGCGGAGGCGGAGGCUUGGUGGGAGAACCCGACCCCCCCGCCUCCGCCGCCCGGCUCGCUCGGCCCCGACGAGGACGAGGAUGAGGAGGCGGCGUUGCUUUGGGAGGCCAUGUGCGAUGACGACAUGCCUGCUGUGUACCAAUAUUUCACCAAGGAGGCGCUGUGCCAGGAAGAGGAGACAACUAAGGAGGCCCCGGACUCCAAGGACCCCAACCGGGCCCGGUUCACCCUGCAGGAGCUGCGCGACGUCCUGCAUGAGCGCAACGAACUCAAAGCCAAAGUUUUCAUGCUGCAGGAGGAGCUGGCCUAUUACAAAAGUGACGAGAUGGAUGACGACACGGCCGCUCCCAGUCCCGAGCCCGAAUCCAGAUCGCGCUCACGUUCUUCUGUGCAGCCAGAGUCCGGAAUCAAACGCCUGAUCUUCACGGCCUUCAUGCCCAUGGUGGCAGCUGGUUUGAUCCAAGACGAUCCUACUUUACAGCCUGCCAGAGGCUUCGCGGCGCUCGUUUAAUUUGUUUUCCCGUGACAAGCAGCGGAGUUGGCAGCGGAGCAUGGCGCACGAUGACGCGUUCACCGAACAAGCCCAGGAGGCCUUGCCGCACUUUUAGCCGUCACAUCUACAGACCCAACCCUGCCCUCUCGAAAAAAGGUUUUUAUUUAUGCAUGUUUCACAUGAACGGAUCUCUUCGGGAAUAACCGUGACAUAUUGUGCGUUAACGAGGCAUUAUUUAAUUCCCUGGUGUUUACUCAUACAGCUCAAAAGAUUCGAGGGGGGGGGGGGGGUGUGAUUUUGGUAGCAAGUGGGGGAAGAAAAUGGCUGCUUUGACCCAAAAUGGUCAGCGUUGUAUUUUUGGAGAGAAAAAAACAUCCUCUCCAUCUGCAUUGAAGGGAAGCUAUGCAUACAACUAAUAGCAAAGCUAACAAUCCUAUGGAAGUAAACAUUUUGAACACUGCGAUAUUUUAAUUUAACCCUUCGAUUGAAUAUGGCCUUGUUUUUAUCUUUCUAACUUAUUUUAAGUUUUUGGUUGUUGUAUUUGCAUUUUUUUUUCAUCACGGUUUUGAGUAGCCCGGUACCAGCUUUAUGGCAGAAAAGGAAUGUUUUCUUUUUUUGGUGAUAUUAUUAACUGCACACAAGAUAGAAGACUGACUGGAUUUCCAAGUCCUAUUUUUAGUAUACUGGUUAUUUGUAAUGUAUGCCAACUGCAA